AUGUCCGGAGGUGCUGCUGCUGCAUCUGCUGCUGGUUAUGAUAGACAUAUCACUAUCUUUUCUCCUGAAGGUCGUCUUUACCAAGUCGAAUACGCUUUCAAGGCUACCAAUCAAACUAAUGUCAAUUCCGUCGCUGUAAGAGGUACCAAUUGUACGGUAGUAAUAAAUCAAAAGAAGGUCCCUGAUAAAUUGCUUGAUCCUUCGACAGUGUCUUACAUUUUCCCGAUAUCGAGACACGUCGGUAUGGUCGCCAAUGGUCCAAUUCCAGAUGCCAGAAACGCCGCUAUGAGAGCUAAGAUGGAAGCCGCUGAAUUCCGUUAUAAAUAUGGGUACGAUAUGCCAUGUGAUGUCUUGGCUAAGAGAAUGGCUAACUUGUCGCAAAUUUAUACACAGAGAGCCUAUAUGAGACCUCUUGGUGUGAUACUCACCUUUGUUUCUGUGGAUGAAGAAUUGGGGCCUUCCAUUUAUAAGACUGAUCCUGCUGGGUAUUAUGUUGGUUAUAAGGCUACUGCCACGGGACCUAGACAACAAGAGAUUACUACAAGUUUGGAAAAUUAUUUCAAGAAGAAAACAACAGAUCAUUUGGAGGAAGAAUCCUGGGAAAAAGUGGUAGAAUUUGCCAUCGCACAUCUAAUAGACUCAUUGGGUACUGAAUUUACCAAUAAUGAUUUGGAAGUUGGUGUUGCUAUCAAGGAUAAAUUCUUUGUAUUAACAGCGGACCAAAUCGAGGAGAGAUUGGUUGCAAUUGCGGAACAAGAUUAA